UCAGCGAACGUCCUUGAGGAAGACUAUAUUCUCAUGUUCUUUCCUUCUCCAUCUGAGCUCCUUUAGCCUUCCUGUUGGCAAUAGUUUAAGGCAAACUCAAGAUUUCAGUAGAUCUCUUUACAUCUAAGGCUUUUUUCAGUUUUUCAGGAUGUGGCUGCUGGUUUUCUUGGUGUGCGUCCUGAUUUGGGCUGGUGGGGCGUACUGGUACCUGUUCAUCAAGCCCGGUGCAUUCUCAGUGGAGUCCGUGAGGCCUCCGGGACCUAUGGAGCUGGACCAGAGAAAGAGAGACAAAGUGCUGAAACAAGGAUUCACCAAGGAGAAGAUUCCAAAGGAUCUUGAUGCAAUCAUAAUCGGCAGUGGGAUCGGAGGAAUGACGGCUGCAGCCACAAUGGCCAAAUCAGGGAAGAAAGUCCUGGUUCUGGAGCAGCACGACGUGGCGGGAGGCUGCUGUCACACUUUCACUGAGAAGGGCUUUGAGUUUGACGUGGGACUUCACUACUUCGGUCAGCUGCAUGAAAACGCGAUGCUUAAGGUCGCUUUCGAUCAAAUCACUGAGGGUCAGAUGGAGUUUGUGGAGCUAAAGCAGCAUUUCGACAGUAUUGUGAUUGAAGACGGAGAGAAGCAGAGAGAAUACUCCAUCUUGAGUGGCAAGACUGAGAUGGAGCGCAACCUGAAGAAGCAGUUUCCAGACGAUGUCAAAGCUAUUGAGGAGUUCUUUAAGGUCAUGAAGAUCACAGCGAGGCAGGUUCCUCUUCUAGGCAUCAUAAAGCUGAUUCCACAGUGGCUGGCUCUCUUUCUGAUCAAAAGUGGCAUCGCUGACUUCUGCUCGUCCAUCUUCCGGCUGUCAGAAUCCAGCGCCACAGAGUUCAACAACAGACUGACAACAAACAAGGACUUGCAAAUGGUCUUCUCAUAUUACUUCUAUGGUGUGGCUCCUAAAGACUCCAGCUGUAUGAUCAAUGCUCUGAUGCUGCACCACUUCAAGCGAGGCGCAUACUACCCUAAAGGGGGCGCCAGUGAGAUCCCGUUCCACAUCACUAAGGUCAUCGAGAAAUACAAUGGCCGUGUGCUGGUCCGCGCCCCUGUCAGCCGAAUCCUAGUGGAUAAGAAGGGAGCUGCAUAUGGAGUGACGGUGAGGAAAGGUGAUGAGCAUGUGGAAGUGCGGGCUCCUAUUAUCAUUUCCAACUGUGGGAUUUUCAACACUUUCCAGAAGCUCUUACCUCCGGAAAUACAAGUCAAACCAGAGAUUCAGAGUCGUCUGAACAUGUUGAGGCCCGGUAAAGCCUCGUUCCUCCUCUUCUCAGGGUUUGAUGCGACCGAGGAAGAGUUAGACAUCGUGUCCACCAGCAUCUGGCUCUUCAAAUCCAAUGACAUGGAUGGCAUGAUGGAUGAGUUCUUUGGUAUGAGUAAAGACGAGGCGCCAGAGAACAUUCCCAUGAUGCUCCUCACUUUCCCCUCAGCCAAAGACCCCACAUCACAGAUCCGUCACCCAGGCAAGUCAUGUAUGACCAUCCUGACCAUGGUCAACUAUGAAUGGUUUGAAGAGUGGAAAGACACUCGAGUGAGGAAGAGAGGCGACGAUUACUUCGACUAUAAGAUGAGAUUUGCCAACCAUCUCUUUGACUGGGCCUGCAAACACUUCCCGAAACUCAGAGAUAAGCUGGUGUAUCAGGAGGCAGCAACUCCUCUCACAAACACACACUACCUCGGCUGUAACCUAGGGGCCAUAUACUCUGCUGACCACAACCUGGACCGCUACUACUCAGAGGCCAUGGCUCGAAAUCGCUGUGAUACCCCCGUCAAAAACCUUUAUUUGUCAGGCCAGGACAUGUUCAGCUGUGGUAUCGCUGGUGCAUUGCAUGGUGGUCUUCUCUGUGCCGCCACCGUCCUAAAUUACCGUGUGUACAUCGACCUCAUGCUUAUCAAGAAACAGCUGAAGUGGAAGAAAGCAAAGGAGGCAGCGAGACUGGCUAAGCUGAAGAAGCAGUGAUGAAGCGGUGCUGCCUCUGCAGUUUAACAGGAGAACUGAACAGGUAAUGUCAUGUGACACGGACUGAGCCAGUGUGACAUCAGCACCAGGUCCUCCAGCUCCACCACUCGUUCACAAUCACAGCAACAUGAACCCGUCACACCCUCAUUCAAGGACUCACCUUUAUCAUCUGUGUGCUCAUCUAACCAUCCUGAAUAGAAACUAAAAAUCCUCAGUUAUUGGAAUGUAACUAACGAUAAAGUUUAGAGUGGCUUCAGAAAUUAAUGAAAAACAUACAGUUAAUGAAGAACAUUGCUAUAUUUUUGUGUAGUUAAUUAAGAGAAGGAGGACUUGAACGCACCAUAAGCACUGAAAUAAAAACAAAUACAUAUUUCUACAAAAAUAGAAGAAAUAUUUCUAAAAAUGGAAGAGCAGCUCUUAAUUGCUUUGGGGUUAGUCGUAUACUUUAACCUAUUAUCAGUUAAAGAUUUUAAUAUUAUGUAUAAACCUAUAAUAUUGCCUUUUGACAUAAUCUAUGAUUAGAGAAAAUGUGUAUUUUUUUUUUUUUAAUUUCACCUAAAAUGCUACAAUCUUGAGCGUAUUUUUGUAGAAGUUUGCAUCAUGCUGGUUCGCUCAACAAAAAGCCAAUAGGUGAAAUGUUGCCUGAAAAAAAAAAAAAAAAAAAAGCUCUGUGACCAACUAAAUUUUAUGUUUUUAUGAUAUUCCUCAUGAUAGACUUGAAUUUUUGGGCCUAAAUACAGUCGUCUGAUGUAAAGGCUAUACAUGACCUACUUCAGUGUCACCCGCUUUCAACUCUUUCAGUCUUUAAGACAUUUUCCCUGAACGUUUGUGUUAUAACAGCAAUAGAGCAUGAUUAUAAACACAGUGAGGCUGAUGAGUUUAACCUGUUCACUGUGAUGAUGUUUAAUGUUUAUACACUUGUUAGCAAACUCCUUAUCAGGACAAAAGCUUUAAAAACAUCAUGAGGUACUGAUUUUUUUUUUAUGUUGUGAAAUAAAAGGUGAAAAUGUG